AGUCAUGUUUCAGUGCCAGUUUAAUUAUAGCAAAUUGUAAUCCUAUUACAAAUAUGUGUUAUUUUACCUUGCUAUAAAAUAGAUAUUAAUAUCACUAAAAUAUAGUUGAUUUUAUUUUGCAUCCUGGAUGUUGGUGACUGAAGGAUAUAUGAGGUAAUGGUUACAGAUGGAUGAGCUGUGCAGUCAGUAACCUGGACUGGAAAAGUAUUGGUUCUUCUGGUCUGUAGUGGGUGGAGUGGAUGUGAAUGGCGCAGGUCAGAAUGCAGGAGGAUGAGAAGCAGAGAGAAAUAGCAGAGGAAGAAGAACAGAGUUUACACAGCAGCACAAUUCCUCACUCCAGUCAGCUAGGACUAAACCUAAGACCAUGCAGUUACGCUUUAGAGACAAACCCUUCACCCUUAGGUUUACUGUCUCUGCCGUGGGAGAUGGUUGCUAGAAUAGCCUCACACCUCUCCGCACAGUGCAUCCUCAAUGUCCUGCCUCAGGUGUGCAGAGCUCUGGGGCAGGUGGGAGAGGACGCCUCAGCCUGGCAGCUCCGGGCUCAUCGACUCACAGGCCCUCGGAGCUCGUUUCCCGUCUGUCCGAGGGAGAACUUUGACUGGUCCACAGCGUGCCUGGAAAUGGAGCAGCUCAUCGAGUGGUGGGUGAAGGAGGACGAGAAGGCGGAGACGGCGCACAGGGUGGAGCAGGAACGAGAGGUACAGGAGGAAAUGGAGCAGGACAGAGCUGACAGACCAAAUGGAGAAGGAGCGGAGGUGCUGGUGAACGGUGCAGCGCAUGAAGAUGUGGAGGAAAUGAGGCUAGAAGAAGAAGCUCAUGAAAGACCUGGAGAAGGAGAAGAACAAGGAAAUGAUGUAGUCCUCAUUAGAGAGGAAGGAGGAGAAAACGGUGCUGAAGAGGGUGGUCAAGAUGACAGCAGGACGAACUCUCUGGAGCACAUAACACUCUCAUCAGGCCACAUUGCUGACAUUAACGCCGUCUUGCUGGUUGGCGGCGAAGGCUUGGUGUGUGUCACUGGCUCCAGAGACCGUAACGUGAACCUGUGGGACGUACGCAGUGGGUCUAAUGGGGUUCUACUGAACACGCUCAAAGCCCGUGGUAACUUCAGCACGACACACCGUGGCUGGGUGUGGUGUCUCGCAGCCAGCGGUAAUCUCCUGGCCUCUGGCUCCUUCGACAGCUCUGUGAAACUGUGGGACCUACAGGCCGGAGGGGCAGAGAGGAUGGUGCUGAAGAGUCGUGCUGCCGUCCUCUGUCUCUCCUGUCAGCAACACAUGCUGUUUGCUGGAUCACAUGAUCAAAAAGUCAGCAUAUAUGAUACUAGAGCGACACAGCCACUGGUGAAGAGCCUUCGUCUCCAUGGUGAUGCCGUAUUGAGUCUGGCAUCUGAUGAACAAUACAUUCUGUCCGGCAGCAAAGACAACACGGUGGCUGUGUAUGACCGGCGAGCCGGGAAAGUCCUAACGAAAGUACAGCUGCAGUCUUAUUUGCUGUCCAUGUCGUACAGUGGACAUGAGGUGUGGGCAGGAGAUAACCACGGACUUCUCCACACUUUUUCCUUAAGCGAAGGUUCCUUAAAGCCUAUAGCCCAGUUCAACGUCGGCCACACUUCACUGGUGACAGGUGUCCAUCACUCACCUGGGACCCUCUACACAUGCUCCUCUGAUCGUACCAUAAAGGUUCACCUUCCCUGUGCGCCACCAAAAACUCUGUGUACACUUCAUUAUCAAGCAGGAUUAAACGGGUUGAGUGUGGAGGCUGAUGUGCUGGCGAUAGCCUCUGGUGAUAUAGACGUGGAUGUGUGGAGGCCCAAACACUGACAACUCUCAGCUAAGCAAUCACGUCAUGCUCUGCAGCAGCUUUUUGGAGAGCUGCCUUACCAAUUUAGCCAAAGUCACUCCAUUUCUAACUUUAUCCUUAUGUUUAUUAGUUGUUAAAAUACUAUGUUACAAAUGUCUUUUAGCUAAUUUAUGAUGAAGUAUCUAUUGCACCUUGAAUCUGCACAUGCACUAAAACCAGAGGUUUAGAGGCAGUGCUAAUUUAGCAAAAUAAUAAUAAUUUUGUUUCUUUCAGAUUCAGUGAUUAGUAAUAUAUGUAUAAAAAUGUACAAUGCCUUUGUCUGCUUUAUUUGUAAUGCAUGUGAUUAACAUGAACAAUAUUUCUGACGUAGCAUAUUUAAAAACUAAAUAUGGACACAGACUGGAUAUUAAAACUAAAACUCGAAUAUACCAUUCACAUUGUGGAUUUAUGCGCAAGCAUAUAUUAUUUGUUUAUCUGUUGUCUGUGUGUGUGUGCCUGCUCAUUAUAGUCAUUUUCAAUCAGUCAGUCAUAUGCCAGCGGCUCAGUGAAUAAAUUUAUACUUACAUCUGUCAAGAGCUGUAGGUCAUUUUGUGCCACAGUAUGAAGUGUUCUACAGCGAAGCAUGUGUUGUACUAACACUGAUUGACUGAAUAACUGACUUUAGGCUUCCAUUAAAAGUGAGUGCCAAGUAAACAUAA